UCUCGCUCUAUCUCUCUCUCCAUCAUAUCGUUCUUCUUCUACUUUUGUGCUCUGCUUCACUUUUUCUUCUUCUUUCCUUUUCUCUCUCUCUCUCUAUCUGAACCCUGAAACCACGUCCAUUCAAAUCCACCAUGCCCGGAGUUGCCUUCUCUUCUGUUCCUGCCUCCGAUCUGGGAUUAUUCUUAUCAGACUCCACGGCCUUCUCCCGCUCCAUCUCCGCCUCAUCAUCAUCAUCAUCAUCUUCCAGUUCCUCCUUACGAUGUUGCUCCCCAUUCAACCUCCGAUCGCUUCGCUCUCUUCGUUCCCCUAGGUUUUCUCCUAUACGUUGCGAUUCUUCUACACACGGCAGCUCCUCUACUUCUCCCGAUCUCGAGUUUCUCGAAGCCUCUGUCCUCGUUGCAGAGACAAGUAUGCAUUACAAAAUGCGGAGACAUGGAUUCCGCCAUGAUUCAAUGUGGCAAGCUUCCAGGCAUCCUUUACCUCCUUUUGCUGUCAGAGCUAGUGAUAGUGAAUCCACCCCCCUUGGUGUUCUCCCCAUUGGACUCGGCUUUCUCCGUCAAUUCAAGCACCCAACUAUUUUUCUCAAGAUCUCCUGUGAUGGUGACUACUUGCUUCCCCUUAUUGUUGGGGAUGCUGCUGUUGAGAAACUUUUAGACGUUGGCCAGACUGAGGAAUGCCCUGAUCAGUUCCAGUUCGUGUCUGCUGUUGUCGAUAGACUUGGAUAUGAAGUUAAAAUGGUAAAGCUUACUAGUAGAGUUGUAAACACUUACUACGCAAGUCUAUGUCUUGGCAAGCCUGGAGACAAUGAUGUUAUGUGCUUUGACUCACGGCCAUCAGAUGCCAUCAACGUUGCUCGAUCAUGCCAGGCUCCAAUAUAUGUGAAUAAAGCAAUAGUUCUAGAAGAGGCUAUCAAAAUUGGUUAUGGAGGCAGAUCGCAGAGCGCAAAGCCUGUUUUCAAUGUUAUACUUGACAGCGCUCCCGAGGGACCAGAUCCUUUAUCAGAAGAGCUUAUACUAGUGAGGAAUAUGGAUCUGGCGUCUAAAGAGGAAAGGUACAUGGAUGCAGCGAUGUGGAGAGACAAAUUGAAGAAGCUUCAGAACUCGAGCUCUGCUGUAUAUAAUAAGGGUGUAGCAACUCCUGAGAGUUACGAGUAGAGAAAUAAUAGGAGCAAAGGAAGAAAUUGGAUGUAGGAUAAGAUAAGAAUGCAAGUGUGAUGAAAAGGGUAUGGAGAGAGAAAUAUAUAAGAUGCGCUUAGAUUGAUGGUAUCUCAUGUACUGAGAGGAAGAACUUAGAUUGAUGGUAUCGCAGCACCACGUAUUCGAGAGUAAAUGAAAGAUGUAUGGAUAGCUGAGGGAAUGUGUGAAAUGUAAAUGGAAGAAGACUAAAUGAAAUGCAUUCUUUUUAGUAUAUAUGUGUGUCUCUCAACUUUGAAUGAUUUGGCAAAGACGAUUUUUAGGAGAAACUGAAGGCAGAAGCAGACAAAACGAAAAGGGGGCGGUUACAGAGGGAAAGACGAGAUGUGGUUGCGCUUAUUAAUGAAUGUCUCUUUAUUGAUUGUGAAAGACAAAGCAGUAAGUUAUAAGAAACGUGAAUGAUUUCCCCUGAAA